UACACAUGCAAUGCGUGAUUCAAUGAUUAAAAUAUUCCUAGUUUGUGUAUUGGCGUAGUAGUAAAGUGAGCGACUGAAGGAAGCGCUAGAGGCAGGAACUAAAGUUGGAGUAUCCUCUGCGGGGACAGUAAUCGAGGUCACACUGGCAAAAAAUGGAAAUUAGUAACGUUUAUCAGUUCAUUUACACAAUUACUGUACUUAUUGAUUGAAUGAACAUUGCAUGCGCCAUCAGCCCAGCUUCUUGAGCAGGAAAGCACAUGCGUGUACCAGGGCUCCUGAUGAAGGUGUGUAGGUAAUACUUCGAGAGCCCUAUAAGACACCAUGUCUGAAGAGGCAAUUUCAGAAAGUGACCUGGAGGCCAGCCUUAACAGUGAAGAGGAGUAUUUGGAAAAUGAAGAGGAGGAGGACAUGGAUGACAUGGACGAGGAUGAAGAAGAAGAUGAAAAUGAUGGCGAUGAUGAAGAUGAUAGCGUCGACCGACCUGAAAGCGCCCAGAGCCAAACAGAAACAGCUCAGGAUGGCAGGGACUCCACCUCAGCUACCUCCGGAGAGCCUUCUUCUGGGCCUCCAUCUCAGCCUGCGUCCUGCCCGUCCUCCAGGGCCCCCUCCAGACCUGCUUCUCGUUCUCAGCCUCCCAGCAGCCCAGAGAACUCCAGCCAGAGCAAGCCACUGUCCAGCAAAACAAAGAAACAAAAAGCCUCUAAAUCAACUAAAUCCUCGAAAUCGUCAAAAGGGUCCAAACUUUCCAAGCCAUCGAAGCCUGCACACAUGAGGAAGAACAUCAGAAAGCUGCUAAAAGAGGAUCAGCUGGAGGCUGGGACCAAGGCCGCUCAACAGGAAGAGAUGGAGAGGCGGAAACGUCUCGAGCAGCAGAGGAAGGACUUUCCUGCACCCGCCCCAACACUCCCGGACUCUCAACUAGUGGACACUGCUUCGAUUUUAGACGAGGUGUCUCACUUGGUCCCCGCCGUCCUCACCAAGCAGGAUGUGAUCUGUCUGGACAGCAGUGGUGAGGAAGAGGAAAAAGUAGACCCUAAGUUGCUUCAACUUCCAAUUCGAGAUGAUGUAAUUGAGCUGAGUUCUGGAGAUGAAGACGCCCUGCAGAUAAGCAGCGAGUCGGCCGACGAGGAUGCCGAUGGCGCCACCAGCUCUGAGGAGAGCAGCGGAGCGCACAUCAACGACGCUCUGAACCAGCCUGACGCCCUGGGUCGAGUGCUGGUUAAUAUCAAUCACCCUGCGGAGGAGAAAGAUAUUUACCUCGCGCCACAGCUGGCCAAGGCUGUCAAACCUCACCAAAUUGGAGGGAUACGUUUUCUCUAUGAUAACCUCAUCGAGUCCCUGGAGCGGUAUAAGACCAGCAGUGGAUUUGGCUGCAUCCUCGCUCACAGCAUGGGGUUGGGAAAGACACUACAAGUCAUUUCCUUCAUUGACAUCCUGUUGAGAAAUACUGAAGCCCACACUGUGCUGGCCAUUGUCCCAGUAAACACACUUCAAAACUGGAUGACUGAGUUUAACAUCUGGCUCCCACCUCAAGAAGCCCUUUCCCCUGAAACUGACCCCACACUCGUCACUGGCCGCAAUUUCAAAGUUCACAUUCUCAACGAUGAGCACAAAACAACGAUGGCCAGGGCCAAGGUAGUGGAAGAGUGGUCCAGAGACGGAGGUGUGCUGCUGAUGGGCUACGAGAUGUACCGCCUGCUGUCCAUGAAGAAGAGUUUUGUGAUGGGUAAGAAGAGGAAAUCGAAGAAGCCUGCUGGACCUGUCAUCAUUGACCUGGAUGAAGAAGAUAGACAGCAGGAACUCAUGAAAGGCAUUGAAAAGGCGAUAGCACGGCCAGGCCCAGACGUGGUGAUCUGUGACGAAGGUCAUCGGAUUAAGAAUUACCACGCCAGCACAUCGCAGGCCCUGAAGAAUAUCCGUUCCCGGCGCAGGGUGGUUCUCACCGGUUACCCUCUGCAGAACAACCUGAUUGAAUACUGGUGCAUGGUGGACUUCGUCAGGCCUGACUUUUUAGGCACACGUCAGGAGUUCAGCAACAUGUUUGAACGUCCCAUUCUGAACGGUCAGUGCGUGGACAGCACACCUCAAGACGUUCGGUUGAUGCGCUAUCGGAGUCACGUGCUGCACAGCCUGCUGGAGGGUUUCGUCCAGAGACGAGGUCAUGAUGUGCUGCGAGACCAGCUUCCCACCAAGGAGGAGCAUGUGAUUCUGGUGCGACUGUCUCCCGUUCAGAGGGCGCUUUACACCGAGUUCAUGAAGCGGUUUCGAGAAGCGGGGAACAGCGGCUGGCUCGGCCUCAACCCGCUGAAGGCCUUCUGUGUGUGCUGCAAGAUCUGGAACCACCCAGAUGUCCUCUAUGAAGCCUUGCAGAAGGAGAAUCAGGCCAAUGAGCAGGACCUGGAUCUUGAUGACUUAACUUCAGCUAAUAACCCUCGCUGUCCUGCACCCAGUGCUGGCCUCAAAGCCAAAGUAGCAGACUCAAGCAACAGCAAAGGCAACAGCAACCUACCACCACUCAAUUCCUCUCAGGAAAGAGCCAAUCAGGUCAUCACAUAUGAAUGGGCAAAUGACAUAAUGUCAAACUACCAGACGGGCGUUCUGGAGAACUCUGCCAAGAUGGUGCUGCUCUUCUAUCUGAUUGAUGAGAGCGUUGCACGAGGAGACAAGAUUUUGGUCUUUAGUCAAAGCUUGUCCACCCUGUCCGUCAUUGAGGACUUCUUAUCAAAGAGGCCGAUGCCUCCAGGCAUCGCUUCCACUGAGAGCCAGAACCCAAACUGGGUUCGCAACCUCAAUUACUACAGACUGGAUGGGAGUACGUCUGCCUCAGAAAGAGAACGGCUCAUCAAUCAGUUUAACGACCGAGAGAACAGGACAACAUGGGUCUUCCUUCUGUCUACAAGAGCGGGCUGUUUGGGGGUAAAUUUGAUAGGGGCCAAUCGCGUUGUUGUCUUUGACGCAUCCUGGAACCCUUGUCACGAUGCCCAGGCAGUGUGCAGAGUGUACAGAUAUGGUCAGAGGAAACCUUGCUGCAUAUACCGUCUUGUCUGUGACUUUACCUUGGAGAAGAAGAUCUAUGACCGACAGGUCUCCAAACAGGGCAUGUCUGACCGUGUGGUUGAUGACCUGAACCCUGUGCUGAACUUCACACGUAAGGAAGUGGAGUCGCUGCUACACUUUGUAGAAGAGGAGCCGGAAACUGAGAAAAUCUCCCCCGAAUCCCAGGACUUCGAAGCAGUGAUAUACCAAGCCUGUCAGCUUUACCCGCACCUCAUCACCAAGAAACCUUUCCACCACGAGUCUCUGCUGGUCGACCGUAAGGAGUCAAAACUCACCAAAGCAGAGAAGAGAGCUGCCAAGAAGAGCUAUGAGGACGAGAAACGAGCCUCUGUGCCCUACUCUCGGCCGUCGUAUGCCCCCUACUACCCGACCAACGACCAUCAGCUCGCAAACAUACCAGCAUUCAACCAACGUGGCUGGCGUCCCAUGACCAGACCAGAUGACAAGCCCGUGGCUAGUGUCAGACCCAUCCAGUCCACCCCCGUCCCCAUGAUGCCUCGUCAAGCCGGCAUGGGUAUGUCUGUCUCCGGCUCCGCUGGCAGCCUCCCGGUCAACUUUCUGCAGAAAGCUGGCGUUUAUGUGCAGAGAAUUGUCACCACAACAGAUAUAGUGAUCCCCGGAGCCAACAGCUCGACAGACGUUCAAGCUCGAAUUAGUGCCGGGGAGAGUAUCCACAUCAUCAGAGGAUCUAAAGGUACCUACAUCAGGACGAACGACGGAAGAAUUUUUGCUAUUCGAUCGGGAAAGAUCAGCCGACCGGUAAUUGGUGGUUCAUCAGCUUCAAGAGACACGCAGGGUUCUGUAAUCAGUAACGGAUGCUCGUCCCCCGUGGAGCAGCAGCAGCGCUCCCCUAAUGGAGAGCAGCGGUCCUCCUCUCCGCUGAGCUCCGAGAUCCUCAGAGAGCUCAGCCGCUACACUUCGUCCUCGGGCGACGGCGCCGCCGCCGCCGGCGUGGGGAAUGAGUUGCCGUCGCCGUCGGACGCGUCGUCCUUGCCCGCGGGGGACGGGGGCGGCGCACAGAACUAUCAGACCGGCGAUCUGAGCAGGCAACUCGCGGACGACCUCCUGAGUUCGGCGUUGGAGAUGCGAGGCGGUAAACGCAAGAGCACUGAAAGCCAGGACGGCGCGCAGAUAGUCGGCAAACGACCCUCCGCUCCAAGUCAUUUCCCCGGACUGUCCAUGGGCUCCAGUGGACUUAGCUUUCCCGCGGUGGGUCUGAACUCUUCCUCCCUGCUGGGGAACCUGGGUCACAUGAGUCACCCGCUCCUCAUGGGUGGUAGCGGUGGAUCAUCAUUCCUUCCAACAUCGGGACAAACACUGGCUGACCUACAGACCACCAUGUUCCCAUCUGCCACGGGGAACGGACACCUCACCACCCCCUCCUCGUCCUCUCUGCCCACCGUUUUCUCCUCUGCCUCCACCACCAUUCCCAUGUCAUCUACGCCCUCAGCGGCCACUUCUUCCUCUCUAACGUCAGGUUCCCUGCCCCCGUACUUGAUGAACCCCAACAUGGCCGGCCUGCUCUCAUCCAGUUUCCCCCUCAACUACAGUCAGUCGUUGCUCUCUGAGCCGAGGAUGUUCCCCAACUCCCUCCUCUCGGGGUCCGGGCCGUUCUCCUCGCCCAACUCCGGCUCUACGACGUCUAGCUUCCUCUCCCAUUUCAACAACCCCACUUCCAGCCUGUUGGGAGCCGCCCUGACCCAACCCGACAGACACCCGAACACAGAGAACGGCGGUGACAGCUCUGACGACGACGUCAUAGAGGUGACGGGACAGUAGAGCUGCAAAAGGAGACGGAGGCCGAUUCACACACAAUCCAUCAUGUUUACCCUAAAGAACAUUAGGAAUGGGAACAUGUUUAUACAAAAAUAGAGGAGCGAGUUUCUGUUACAACAUAUCAGCCUUAAAUUGCUGAUUGGUGGUUAUAUGUGUUGUUAUCUUCUAAAUGUGAUAUCAAAACACAAAGGGGUUACAGAGAUACCAAUUUAAACAUUGCCGUUAUUCUCUUACUAGACAAAUUGAAAUAAACAUUAUCAGUUUUAUUAAUAAAUUAAUAAAACAUUUAACUAAAAUUUGUUAACCUAAAAGCAGCGAAGUUGGCAAUAAACCUGUGCAUUUUGACACUUUUUUUUUUUUUUUACCAUUUUUCAGCAACAUUUUACACUGUGUUUUUAUGACUGAAAUAAAUCGGAAUUCCCAUUCCUAAUGGCCUCAUUAGACUCCACACACACACACACGCUGACUCUCACCUCGCGAUGAGAGAAUCAACUUGUACCUUACUGACUGUACAAUGUCAAGAGUAACUAAAUCCUAAUGCUGAAUAUCCCAGACUUGUUCAGCUGGAGCAGCAGAGCCGCGGGAACAGACCUUUUUUCUCAUGACGGGGGACCAGCUGAAUCUUUCGGGGGCUAUGCACGGCCUCCUCUGCUACGUUUCUAAGCAAGGCCUCGCCGUGCCGUCAGUUUCAUUUCCCUCUGACUUCAGACGUGAUGAAGUGUUGGAUUUUCUCACGAUAUAUUGCAGCUGAACGGUCGCGUGCAAACGUAAACUUCCCUCUUACCCGGAUGCUAAUCGACAUCAAUUUCCUCGAGUAGUUUUCCUCACAGUGUAGCUAAACUGCAACUCUCCAUAAAGCACCAAACAGGAACUCAGAGUUUCUAAUGUCAAAAUCUUCAAUAUAUUUAGAGAAAAUCCUUCAAGGCUUAUCUUUAACAACGGGAAUUUUAGGCUUUCAGAGCGUAUUUUAGUCCUUAGCGGUUUAAUAGGCAUUGUAGCAUCCCCUGUUUAAAGGAUAUUAUGUGUGAUACUAUAAUUGAUCAUGUUGAUACUUUGUAAAUAACAGGUCAUUAUCAUCGUUUAUAUUGCAAGUCAAUACUGUGCAGUGUGUAGAUUUUGGUUGUAGGGAGAUAAUCACAGUGACUAUUAUGAUGAUAAUGAACACACUGCUUUGAUUAUGGGGAAAUAAAUUUAUGUUCGAAUAUGUAAAGUUCAAAUACGUUCGUUUUUUUCCUCCCCUUUUUAAAACUAAACUGAAUGUACAUUCAUGCUAGCCUUUGAUGACACAGGGGCUGAGACAUGGAUUAGGACUGUGUUGUUUCAUUUUUAGCCUUAAAUAACACAAAGGGGUCUUGAGUCUUAGCAUUUAUCUUAGUACGUCCUUUUUACAAAUCUCCAGACAGUCGGUGUCGAAACUCAAAGCGCACGUUCAGAGCAGGUUCAGCGUUGUGACUGAGAAGCACCAAGCGUGAAAGCCAAAUGGAGCUCAAACCAAUGUUUAACGUCGCCGGGUUGUUUUCAGAACUUUGAAGAUCAUCUCUUUCGUUGCAGUCCUUACUGACACGUCCCCGCCAUUUGUUGAUACGCUCGCUCAAGUCGACCCGCACCCCACAUGUAGUUUUUAUGACGGUAAUUAUCAGAAACUCGCUGAGAACAAAUAUUGCCUAAACUGUAGAGACCAUUGCAUCCAUGCAGCCUGAGAGGAUGUGAAACCUUAGAGUCGAUGUAGCCGCCGAGCGUCCUUCGAGACGUGUCAACAUCUCCACACGAGCGCCCGUGACCGUGGUGGAACCAGGUCAGGUGAUGCGGUGGCCUUGGGGAAAAAAAAAAAAAAAAAAACUGCUGGUGCCGUCGUGUGGUAGCGUUUCAUCUAAAUGCAGUGCCGUGUAAGUAGCUUCUGUCAGUAGUGUCGGUCAGUGUAGGUAUGCGGUGCUUUAGGGAGUUUAGGUCUUUGCUGUUCUCCGUUUCCCUGUGUUUCUGUGUUGUCAUGACACCUCGAGGUAUUUCGAUGUAGGAAAGUCACUUUCCUCUCUUGGUAAACUAGGCUAGAUGCAGUGGUUAGUAGCCUUUAGAAAACACUGGAUAAACUGAGACGACAUGUCAUUCCCCGCUGAGUUCUAAUGUCAAUGUUUUCUUCUGGGGACCUCCUGCCCCCACAGCUUCACUUCGCUCUUUGUUUCAUUUCCUACUGGCUCCUCUCCUGUCAUUUAGGAUGCGUCACCUCCAUCCUUAGCUUCCUCCAGCAUGUCUUGGCAAAUUCAGUUUGCUUUGUAUUUCAAAGUGGAGGUAGCACUUUGUAAAGGAUCAUAUCUGCUUGUGAACUGUACAGACAACACAAAGUCGACCCCAUGUCUUUAUUCUCAGUCAAUCAGAAACACUUUUUACAUCUUUUAUGUUUCUCGGGAAUAUUUCCUCCUUUUUUUCCUUUUCUUUUUUUAAAUGUUUUUGUAACUUCUUAUCGGUGUUCACUCACCUGUCCCUCAUUUCAGUCUGGGCGUCUGAAAUGUAUUUAUUUAUGAUAGAAAACAUAUUGCUUUUGUAAUUGCAUUUUUUUAAAACUUUUUGUUCACUUUGACCCAUUAACGGCUGAACCAGUAAGACUUUCAUACAUGCAGCCUGAGUUGGAAAAAAAAUAUGACUGUGUUAUCAAUGUUAUUUUAACAAUAAAACACUCUUCUAUUGCA